UGCUUUCUUCUUUUCGAUGUGCGUUUUCGGACAUGCGGAGGUUACUGGAACCGUGUUGGUGGAUUUUGUUCCUGAAAAUCACCAGUUCCGUGCUCCAUUAUGUCGUGUGCUUCCCGGCAUUGACAGAAGGCUACGUCGGGGCCCUGCACGACAGCAGACACGGCAGCUCAGUGCAGAUCCGCAGACGCAAGGCUUCAGGCGACCCAUACUGGGCCUACUCUGGUGCCUAUGGUCCUGAGCACUGGGUAACGUCUAGCGUCAGCUGCGGGGGUCGUCACCAGUCUCCAAUAGAUAUCUUAGACCAUCAUGCACGUGUGGGUGAAGAAUACCAGGAGCUACAACUUGAUGGCUUCGACAAUGAAUCUUCUAACAAAACCUGGAUGAAAAACACAGGGAAAACAGUGGCCAUCCUUCUCAAAGACGACUAUUUUGUGAGUGGUGCUGGCCUACCUGGCAGAUUCAAAGCUGAGAAGGUGGAGUUCCAUUGGGGCCACAGCAAUGGCUCUGCCGGCUCUGAACACAGUGUCAACGGCAGGAGGUUUCCUGUGGAGAUGCAGAUUUUCUUUUACAAUCCAGAUGACUUUGACAGCUUUCAAACUGCAAUUUCUGAGAACAGAAUAAUUGGAGCCAUGGCCAUAUUUUUUCAAGUCAGUCCGAGGGACAAUUCUGCACUGGAUCCUAUUAUCCACGGGUUGAAGGGUGUUGUACAUCAUGAGAAGGAGACCUUCCUGGACCCCUUUGUCCUCCGCGACCUCCUGCCUGCAUCCCUGGGCAGCUACUACCGCUACACAGGUUCUCUGACUACCCCACCCUGUAGCGAGAUUGUAGAGUGGAUUGUCUUCCGGAAGCCUGUCCCCAUCUCUUACCAUCAGCUGGAGGCUUUUUAUUCCAUCUUUACCACGGAGCAGCAAGACCAUGUCAAGUCGGUGGAGUAUCUCAGAAAUAACUUCCGACCGCAGCAGGCUCUGAAUGACAGGGUGGUGUCCAAGUCCGCCAUCAGGGACGCCUGGAACCACGACAUGGCAGACUUCUUAGAAAACCCACUAGGAACAGAAGCAUCUAAAGUUUGCAGCUCUCCACCCAUCCACAUGAAGGUGCAGCCUCUGAACCAGACGGCACUGCAGGUGUCCUGGAGCCAGCCCGAGACCAUCUACCACCCGCCCAUCAUGAACUACAUGAUCUCCUACAGCUGGACCAAGAACGAAGAUGAGAAAGAGAAGACGUUUACAAAGGACAGUGACAAAGACUUGAAAGCCACCAUUAGCCAUGUCUCACCCGAUAGCCUUUACCUGUUCCGAGUCCAGGCCGUGUGUCGGAAUGACAUGCGCAGCGACUUCAGCCAGACGAUGCUCUUCCAAGCUAAUACCACCCGAAUAUUCCAGGGAACCAGGAUUGUGAAAACAGGAGUGCCCACAGCCUCUCCUGCCUCUUCAGCGGACAUGGCCCCCAUCAGCUCGGGGUCUUCCACCUGGACAUCCUCUGGCAUCCCCUUCUCAUUUGUUUCCAUGGCGACUGGGAUGGGCCCCUCCUCCAGUGGAAGCCAAGCCACAGUGGCCUCGGUGGUCACCAGCACGCUCCUUGCGGGCCUGGGGUUCGGGGGGGGCAUCUCCUCCUUCCCCAGCACUGUGUGGCCCACGCGCCUCCCCACGGCGGCCUCCGCCAGCAAGCAGGCGGUGAGGCCAGUGCUUGCGACCACAGAGGCCCUGGCUUCUCCGGGGCCCGACGGCGAUUCGGCACCAACCAAAGACAGCGAGGGAGCAGAGGACGGAGAGAAGGAUGAGAAAAAUGAGAGUGAGGACGGAGAGCGGGAGCACGAGGAGGAGGGGGAGAAGGACUCCGAGAAGAAGGAGAAGAGCGGGGUGACCCAUGCCACCGAGGAGCGGAACCAGACCACACCCACACCCACACCCUCGUCUCCUAACCGGACUGCGGAGGAGGGCGGGCAUCAGACUAUACCAGGGCGCGGGCAGGACCACGCUGCCACCCCCACAGAACAGCCAGGCCGGGCGAGGGACGCUGCCCCAGGCCGGGACUCUGACGUGGUCACCUCCACCCAAGUGCCCCCCACAGCCACAGAGGAACAUUAUGCAGGCAGUGAUCCCAAGAGGCCCGAAAUGCCAUCUAAAAAGCCUGGGUCCCGAGGGGACCGAUUUUCCGAGGAUAGCAAAUUUAUCACUGUCAAUCCAGCAGAAAAGAACACCUCAGGAAUGAUCAGCCGCCCUUCUCCAGGGAGGAUGGAGUGGAUCAUCCCUCUGAUUGUGGUCUCAGCCUUGACCUUCGUGUGCCUCAUCCUCCUCAUUGCUGUCCUCGUUUACUGGAGAGGGUGUAACAAAAUAAAGUCCAAGGGCUUUCCCAGACGUUUCCGUGAAGUGCCUUCUUCUGGGGAGAGAGGAGAGAAGGGGAGCAGAAAAUGUUUCCAGACCGCUCAUUUCUAUGUGGAAGAUAGCAGUUCACCUCGGGUGGUCCCCAAUGAAAGUAUUCCUAUUAUUCCUAUUCCGGAUGAUAUGGAAGCCAUUCCUGUCAAACAGUUCAUCAAACACAUUGGUGAGCUCUAUUCUAAUAACCAGCACGGAUUCUCUGAGGAUUUUGAGGAAGUCCAGCGCUGCACGGCUGAUAUGAACAUCACUGCAGAACAUUCCAAUCAUCCGGAUAACAAGCACAAAAACAGAUACAUCAACAUUUUAGCAUAUGAUCACAGUAGGGUGAAGUUAAGACCUUUACCAGGAAAAGAUUCUAAGCACAGCGACUACAUUAAUGCAAACUAUGUCGACGGUUACAACAAAGCAAAAGCCUACAUUGCCACCCAGGGACCUUUAAAGUCUACAUUUGAAGAUUUCUGGAGGAUGAUUUGGGAACAGAAUACUGGAAUCAUCAUCAUGAUUACAAACCUUGUGGAGAAAGGAAGACGAAAAUGUGAUCAGUAUUGGCCAACAGAGAAUAGUGAGGAGUAUGGGAACAUUAUUGUUACACUGAAGAGCACAAAAGUACACGCCUGCUACACUAUUCGUCGUUUUUCAAUCAGAAAUACAAAAGUGAAAAAGGGCCAGAAGGGAAAUCCCAAGGGUCGUCAGAACGAGAGGACGGUGAUCCAGUAUCACUACACACAGUGGCCUGACAUGGGAGUUCCCGAGUAUGCCCUCCCAGUCCUGACCUUCGUGAGGAGAUCCUCGGCAGCCCGGGUGCCAGACAUGGGCCCCGUGCUGGUGCACUGCAGUGCUGGCGUGGGCAGGACGGGCACCUACAUUGUGAUAGACAGCAUGCUGCAGCAGAUCAAAGAUAAAAGCACAGUCAAUGUCCUGGGAUUCCUGAAGCAUAUCAGGACACAGCGCAACUACCUCGUCCAGACGGAGGAGCAGUACAUUUUCAUCCAUGAUGCCUUGCUGGAAGCCAUUCUUGGAAAGGAGACUGAAGUAGCUUCAAAUCAGCUGCAUAGCUAUGUCAACAGCAUCCUCAUACCCGGAGUAGGAGGCAAGACCCGACUGGAAAAACAAUUCAAGCUUGUGACACAGUGUAAUGCAAAAUACGUGGAAUGCUUUAGCGCUCAGAAAGAGUGCAACAAAGAAAAGAACAGAAACUCCUCCGUUGUGCCAUCGGAGCGUGCCCGAGUGGGUCUUGCGCCAUUGCCCGGAAUGAAAGGCACGGAUUACAUUAACGCUUCUUACAUCAUGGGCUAUUACAGGAGCAAUGAAUUCAUCAUAACCCAGCAUCCUCUGCCGCAUACUACGAAGGAUUUCUGGCGAAUGAUUUGGGAUCAUAAUGCACAGAUCAUUGUCAUGCUGCCAGACAACCAGAGCUUGGCGGAAGAUGAGUUUGUGUAUUGGCCAAGUCGAGAAGAAUCCAUGAACUGUGAGGCCUUUACUGUCACCCUUAUCAGCAAAGACAGACUGUGCCUCUCUAACGAAGAACAAAUUAUCAUUCAUGACUUUAUCCUUGAAGCUACGCAGGAUGACUAUGUCCUUGAAGUGCGGCACUUCCAGUGUCCCAAAUGGCCUAACCCAGAUGCCCCGAUAAGCAGUACCUUUGAACUGAUCAACGUCAUCAAGGAAGAGGCCUUAACAAGGGAUGGCCCCACCAUUGUUCAUGAUGAGUACGGAGCAGUUUCAGCAGGAAUGCUAUGUGCCCUUACUACCCUGUCCCAGCAGCUGGAGAAUGAAAACGCUGUGGAUGUGUUUCAGGUUGCAAAGAUGAUCAAUCUUAUGAGACCUGGAGUAUUCACAGACAUUGAACAAUACCAGUUCGUCUAUAAAGCAAUGCUCAGCUUGGUCAGCACUAAAGAAAAUGGAAACGGUCCCAUGACAGUGGACAAAAACGGUGCUGUUCUUAUUGCAGAUGAAUCGGACCCUGCAGAGAGCAUGGAGUCUCUGGUGUGACUGGAAUCCUGAAAGGGCACUUAAUUUGUAAACUUCUGAAGACAGAACUUUUUUGAGGCCUUUUUUGCCAGACUCUAGGUUAUACAAUAACCCAGUUACUUUUUUACACUGAUAAAAGUUUUGAUAUUUAUUUUUUGCCAUUUUAUGUCUUAAUGGUAUCCUACUGAGCAUUUGCACCUCUGUUCAUUUCACAGUGAAACGCAAUUUUACCUAGUUUGCACUAUAUGAUCAGUGUUACUGCCUAUAAUCUAAUACUAAAGCAAACCCUGAUGUGACAUUCCAUGACAACAUGCUACUUUUUAGUUCAGUAUGAUGAAGGCCCUUGUCGUGACAGUGAAUCUUGAUUUUGUCAUUGUUGCUAACGCAGUCGCUCUACUAGCAGGCAAAGCUGUACUUCUCCUCGGUCCUCCCUCCUCUUCUUCAGGCACUGUUCGAUGCUGAAUGCCUUCUGUAUUUUAGUGGCGUGGGUGAGCAUUGUUUUCUUUUACAGAAUAGGCUGUUGGGAGCUACUGAGAGGGUCUGUCAACAUUAUGGCAUUGAAAUGAUUCCAUUUUUGAUGGUUAAGAAAUUCAUUAAGAAAUGAGAAGGCUUAAGAGUUGCUUCAUGUGAACAUCUCUUAUUAGUUACAAAGUUAUAUUCACAGCUUUCGAAAAUGUGUCAAAAUAAAGGAUAACUCUGUAUUACAGCUUUCAUAGUAGCUAUGUGGACAGUGUGUGUUCUUUUCCUUUUUGACUCCUGGAAAUAGCUACACCCUAAAAUCAGGGUUAUCUUUUACUGUAGCAAGAUAGCAAUGUUUUCCACAACUCAGUUAUGAGAACCUUAAAUUAAUCCCUACUAAUGCUUCUUGGUUUAUAAUGCCAUACCUCACUUAUUGCAGGUGUAUAAUUUUGAAACUAGUUCUCUAAAAAUCCCCUUACUCAUAUAGCAAUGUAAUAAAAACUACCUAUACAGUUAACAUUCUUUCCUUUUUUGCCAAACAUUUCAUAAUAAGUUUCUUAAGUACAUACAUUCUUCUAUGGAAGGUUAAAUUGAAAAUACUGUAUUAGCAAAAGUCUUGGGACUACUUAAAUUUCCAGACAUGGAUAGAUCUCUUUGGGAACAAGACAAUUAGAACCUUGAACAAAAGGUGAUAUCUACAUUUUCAGGUAGUUAUAAAAGGAGACAGCUUCGAAUGCUUUUCUGUAGUUUAGUCUCUAGAACAUACACACUUCAGUAAAAGAUGCUGAUAAAUCAUUGGAGAGCCCAAGGAAGUUAUUUGGUCCAGCCUCGGGAACCAUAUUCACCCUGUAGUACAUAAUGGAAAAUUAGGAAUAUUAAGAAAUUUGAAUAGAGUUUGUUAGAAAAAUAAGCUACUUGUUGAAAUCUAUUUCUUCUAUUGCAUGUUUGCUUUUGAGCAUCGGCUUCUAUCAAACUUGAUAUCACCAGAACUGGGCCUAUUAGGAACAGUUUGGCUUAUUUUUUAUGCCAACAACUUGAACAGAAAGACCACAGUGACGGCUAUCAUACUUUCAGGGUGGGCGUUAAAGCCUGAAUGAUGUUUAGCACUGCAGUUCUAUUCAUCGUGAGUUGGCCUACAUGGUGUUUGUAAGUUGCUAAGGAGUUGCUAAGGAGAGAGGGUCUGUGGACCAAGUCCAGGGGUUUCAAUGCAUAGGCCAGGACAACAGAGUUUUCAUGAACUACAUAAUCAUCAGGGUUAAUCGUGUCUUCUCAUCACACAGAUUUAACUACAAAAAAAAUAGUCUCCUUUUUAAGAACUAUGGAGGCUAUCUUCAGAAAAAGUGUUCCAGUGAACAAAGUUUGCAAAGUCGUGUGUGUUAGAUGACACAGACGCCUUUACAGUCCCUCUGCUCCCACCAGGAGUGACUCUCUGCCUAACACAAGGAAAGCUUGAAUGUAGGAACCCUACUACUGCCAGGAGGCUGAAGGGACUUAGGAAGGGAAAAGUUUCAGAUGACAGCAAGAGCUAGAGAUUUUUAGUCAAUUAAGUGGGGUAUUUUAGUUGUGCAGGGUGUUGACAUGAGCUAAUGUUUUUCAGUAGAUAGUACAGUGGCUUUGACAUUCAGAAGUAAUAUUUGAAUCAGAAUUCAUGGUCUCUCCUACAGUCAUUUUUUCUUAAUAAACACUGUUUAGGAGGCAAAUAGCAAGUAUUCCCUUCUGUGCUGUCUACAGAGGGCUCAGUGCAUUGAAAUGCAUACCCUCCAACAUGGUUUUGUGACUCUCUCUUACAUGUGUAUCAGAAUAAUGAUAAAACAGACAGCUAGUAAAUAGGAUGGAAACAUGAUGAAGAUGGCUUCAAAGUUCUCUGUGAGCAAUCUGUACCCCUACUGCAGACAUGAACCAAAGUCUACAGAUCUGAACUCACUGAACUGUGAGCAACACCUGUUAGCCCAUCUUGCCAAAGUGGUCCAGACCCACUACCCGGAGCACAGUUAUCUUUAGUCCUUCACCUUCACCAGAGUGCAUCCUCAACUGUUAUUCAUUCUUCAUUGGCACAAAAAUUAAUUUACAUUUUAUUCCAGAGGCAGAGCGUUUCAAAGAUGGUGUUUGAACACAUUGCUUAAGGACAUGACAAGGGUUUUACCACUUGUCUCAAGGGGAAAGGAAAUCGUUCUUAGAAGUCAGUGUGUGCUACUUUAACCAAGUAAGCUGUGUGUUUGAACAGGAUGCACACAUCAUUCAAAACUGAAUGGCUGUGAGUAGACCAGGUAGCUGUGCUGGACAUCCGAGACAGCUCCUUACCAUCAGGAGAACUUUCUCGCGCCGGACAGCCUCGAUACCAAUCUUUUAUGCUGAAAAAAGUUAACAUCUGGAUUUCAAAAAGAUGAAGAGUAGAUCACUGGUUUUCCUAAUUUUUUUUUUUUUUUUAAUGACUUGGAGAUUUUAGAGUCCAUUUCAAGUAGAAGAGUCCAGGAAGGACAGAGAAGGGUUAUGGUGUUCAAGGUCUGGCUGUUGGAGUGUUUAGCCCAGAGUGACAUUGAAAUCAGUAAAUAACCUUAAUUAUUAUUUUCUAAUGACAGCACAACUGCCUUGUUGCCAUUUUUUCCUUAAAUGCAUAUAUACUAUAUUUAAAAUUAAAAUAUAGAUACCAAUUUACCAAAGAUACAUAUUACUAAUUCUAAGCAAAAAAUAAAGAGACCCAAUCUCAUCCUAACUUAAGAGAAAAGUAAUCAAAAUGUAGUUAUUUUAAGGAUUUAGCAGUUAUACUGGAAAAUACAUUUUCAACUCCUAGGUUCCAAAACUUCUGUUCACAUGGUGCCAGUGAAUUUUUAUAUGAAGGGAAAAAUGCCUGUUUUUUUUUUUUUUUUUUUU